AAAGUUUUGGUUCAUUGGCCCAAAUGAUUUUUAGUUUCCCGGGAAAGAAUUCCAAUACAUCUAGCCUUCACCUCAGAUCCAUCGCAGAAUUGUGACAAUGUCGUCGACGUCGACGGCGAGAUGGUUGAAUCGAAUGGCUUCAGAUCAGUACUGUCUUCUCCACAUCCUUGCAUUCUUCUCCUACAUCCCUAUACGCUGCUCCACCUCACAUCUUCUCCUUCCGUCUCGCUCAUCUCUCCUCUUCAAACGCGAGAUUCAAGCAGUUAUCGCUUUUAGUGUGAUAGCUGCUGUGAAGACAGUGAGGGCGGAAACAUGGCAGACAGUCGUUUCAGAUUCUCUGUUUUUUGCAAAGAUUUUCCUUACUGCUCUUGCUUUAGUAAUGGAUUAUCAUUUGGCACUCUGGUACGCAUUGGUAUUUAUAGUUAUACAUAUUCUAACACAACAGCCUCCGUACGAAGGACUAGGUAACUCAAUUCAAUUAACCCCACUACAAUUGGAGGCUUUGCUUACUGAAGGAAACACUUCAAGAUUUUGGUUGGUAGAAUUCCGUGCAUUAUCGACAUCAACCUGUAUAUGUACCAGUUCAUUUUUCCCUGAACUCUCAAUUACAUACUCGAACAAAAAUUUGUCUUUUGGGGUAGUUGAUCUUGGACUCUUCCCGAAUGCUGCAGAAAAGUUUGGAAUCUCUUUGGCAAGCUUAAACCAACUUCCAGUGUAUAUACUAUUUGAGAAUGGAACUGAGGUCACACGUUUUCCUGAGUUGGAUUUUCAGGGAACAGUUUUCAGUUCUUCCAUAACGAAGAAAAUUCUGUGUGAGCACUUUGAACUGGAUAAGCAUCUUCUAGAUUACAUAAAUGGCAAAUAGAUACUAUUGCACACUAUAUGUGUUCUACACAUUGUAUAUGGGCAUAUGGCAUUAAGACUUGAGAUACCUGUGAAGCAGGUGAGGUUAUUGCUCAAUGUAUUGACCCUUUAAUGAGUGGUGAAAGUUGGGAUUUGUUACAAACCAUAAGAUUUACGACAGCCAACUCGUAUUUCACGUUCAUGUCAUUCUUGUAACACACAAGGGCAAGGGACUAUGAUUUUUCAUUUACUUUCAAUAUUCUCUUCUAAAAUUUCUAAUCCACCCUCACAAUCAAUAAGACAGUGGUUGUUGGUCUUUCCCGAAA